AUGACUGAGGGACUUUCCCAAGUCAAUGAACCGAGGGCCGCACUCUCCAAUGCCACCAACUCUACCGAUUGCGGAGAGGACACCGUGCUGUACGGGGACACGGAAAAAGUGGUCAUUGGGACCGUCAUCUCCAUCAUCACUCUGUUGACCAUCGCGGGAAACAGCCUGGUGGUCAUCUCCGUCUGUACCGUCAAAAAGCUUCGGCAACCGUCCAAUUAUCUGGUGGUUUCUUUGGCCGCCGCGGACCUGUCCGUGGCCCUGGCGGUCAUGCCUUUUGUGAUCAUCACGGAUUUGGUGGGAGGCAAAUGGCUCUUUGGAGAAGUCUUCUGCAACGUCUUCAUUGCCAUGGAUGUCAUGUGCUGCACGGCGUCCAUUAUGACCCUCUGUGUCAUCAGCGUGGACAGAUAUCUGGGAAUCACUCGACCUUUGACCUACCCGGUGAGACAAGACGGGAAACUGAUGGCCAAGAUGGUCUUUGUAGUUUGGCUGCUCUCCGCCUCCAUCACGCUCCCUCCCUUGUUCGGCUGGGCCAAGAACGUCACAGUGGACCGAGUGUGCCUCAUCAGCCAGGAUGUUGGCUACACCAUCUACUCCACCGGUGUGGCCUUCUACAUCCCCACCACGGUUAUGCUGGUCAUGUACCACAGGAUCUACAAAGCGGCCAAAGCCAGUGCUCGGAAACAUCGGUUCGUGGACUUCCCGAGACCUCACGACCAGGACCGUAUCGUCUGCGUAGACUCCGCCGUACGGCCCCCGCGGAGCACCAAACGCAGCCACAAAGAGUGCGCCACAUUGUCCAAGUUCCUCCAGGAGGACCACAAGAACAUUUCCAUCUUCAAGAGGGAGCAGAAGGCCGCCAGGACCCUGGGCAUCAUCGUGGGCACCUUCACCGUUUGCUGGCUGCCCUUCUUCUUGAUGUCCACCGCCAGGCCUUUCCUCUGCGGCAGCCGGUGCGGUUGUAUCCCACUGUGGCUAGAGCGGACUUUGCUGUGGUUGGGCUACACCAACUCCCUCAUCAACCCCUUGAUUUACGCUUUCUUCAACCGCGACCUGAGGACUACUUUCUGGAAUCUUCUGCGCUGUAAUUACCGGAACAUUAACCGAAGGCUUUCGGCGGCAAGCAUGCACGAGGCCUUAAAAGCCACCGAAAAGCACGAGGGUGUAUUUUAA